AUGACUGCCGCUGAAAAAAAGAUCGCGCAAGACUCGCCGCCGGCGCCCAAGCGUCGGGCCCGUGCGCCGCACCGCAAGACGGACCACUCGGUCAUCGAGCGGCGGCGGCGCGAAAAGAUCAACGACCGCCUCUUGCAGCUGCAGCAGCUUGUGCCGGCAUGUCGUGCACAGGCGCUCGAGUACUUUGAGAAAAAGUCGCCGGACGGACCCGAGGACCAGAUCCGCACCGAGCUCGUGCUGGAAAAGCUGUGUGUCAUUGCACACACCGUCGACUAUGUAUCCCAGCUCCAGACACAGCUCGAGGCGUACCGCGCCCAGUGCCAGUGCGAGCCGAGCAUUCCGGCGCCGGUGCCGGACGGCGACGCACACGCAGAUAUUGCGCACGACGACAAGCACCAGUGCGUCGCGCCGAGCGGUUCCGAGACAGAGAGCCUCUCGCUCUCGCCCAAGAGCGAGUCACACGAGGAGGCCGGCACGCCGCAGCGGCCGAGCCCCGAGCCAGCCGAGCUGGCAUGCGACGACGACACAUGCAUCGCCGACGAGCCGCCCAAGUACGAGUGGCCAGUGUACGCGGUGCCGCCGUGGGACGGGCGUGCGUUGGAGUGGAGGCUUUCUACCAUGUGGAGCGUCGUACGAAGAAGCGCGCUGCGCGGCGGCGCGGCGUGGCGGGGCGUCGCCGGCCGCCGCUGGGCGUCGAGUAAGCCGUACUAUGUAACGACGCCGAUCUUUUACGUGAAUGCCGAGCCGCAUAUCGGGCACCUGCACUCGGACGUGCUCGCAGACGUCCUGUGCCGGUACCAAGGGCUGCGCACCGGCGGCUGGUCGCGAACGCCGGGCGACGUGUACCCCCCCCCGACCCGCGCGCAGUUCACUACUGGCACGGACGAGCACGGGAUGAAGGUGCAGCGCGUGGCCGAGUCGCAAGGCAUCGAGCCGCGUGCGCUGUGCGACCGUGUGAGCCAGCGUUUCGAGGCGCUGGCGGAUGCCGCCGACAUUGCGUACACGCGCUUCAUCCGUACCACCGACGCGGACCAUGCCGGGGCGGUCGCCGCAUUCUGGAAGGCGCUUGCGGACAAUGGCCACCUGUAUGUCGGCCAGCACGAAGGAUGGUACGCCGUGUCUGACGAGGCAUUCUACCCCGAGAGCCAGGUGCGCAAAGUGAGCCACAACGGCGAGACGUACCACGAGUCGAUCGAGAGCGGGCAGCGCGUCGAGUGGACGACCGAGGUGAACUACAAGUUCCGCCUCUCGGCCUUCCAGGCGCCGCUUUUGGAGUGGCUCGAGGCGAAUCCGGAUGCGGUGCAGCCCAAGAGCAUGUACGAGCAUGUGGUGGCCGAGGUGCGUGCGGGCCUGGCCGACCUGUCCGUCUCGCGCCCCCGCUCGCGCCUGAACUGGGGCAUUCCGGUGCCCGGCGAUGCGGAGCACACGAUCUACGUAUGGGUCGAUGCGCUGGUCAACUACCUGACGGCCAUCGGCUAUCCGAAUGCGAACCCCCCCCCGGCGUGGCCGGCAGACGUGCACGUCGUCGGCAAAGACAUUGUGCGGUUCCACGCGGUGUACUGGCCAGCGAUGCUCAUGGCCGCGGGCCUCGCCCCACCCCAAACCGUCGUGGCCCACGCGCACUGGACCGUGGAGAAGGCCAAGAUGUCCAAGUCGCGUGGCAACUCGGUGAACCCGUUCGAGGUGCUGUCGACCUACGGCGCCGACACGAUCCGGUGCUUUUUGAUGCGCGCCGGCGGCAACCUGACGACCGAUGCGGACUAUUCCGCGGCGCAGCUGCACGAGUUCCAGCGCAAGUACCUGCAGGGCCAGCUCGGCAACCUCUUGUCGCGUGUGCUCGCGCCCAAGAUCCAGGCGCGCCUCGUGGACCGUGCUGUAGACGGCGCGGUGGCCGCGCCGAUGCUCGUCGAGGACGACGCGCCGCUUGCGGCGGCCGUCGCCGCGCUGCCCGCCGCGUUUGACGCGCACGUCGCGCGGUUUGAGCUGGGCCGCGCGCUGCAGAGCGUCUUUGACGUGCUUGGCCUCGCGAACGAGCACGUCCAGCGCAAUGCGCCGUGGUCUGCCGAGACGUCGGUCGACGGCGUGCACCGCUCCGUGUACCUCGCGUGCGAGACGCUGCGGAUCUGCGGCACGCUCCUCCAGGCGGUGAUGCCAGAGGCAAUGACGCGCAUGCUCGACCUGCUGCAGGUGCCUACCGAAGAGCGCCGCUACGCUGCGCUGUUCCUCGACGGCGAGGCGGCGCUCCGUGCGUCGCUGCCGCUGUACACGGCGAGCAAAAAGAUUCCGCCGCUCUUUCCCCGUAUCGAAUAG